CAACAGGAAGACCCAUUGCAGCAUCAGUUGAGCGUGACACGCUAGCCGGAGCCAUUGGCCAGGUGUUUGAGUGCGCAGCAAGCCGUACGCGAGGGUGAGAGGAUUUGCAAAAAAGGCCAUCAGUCGUCAGAGAUUUUCACAAUGGCGAAUCCCACAACCGGUGUUGUGGUGCCGCGGAACUUCCGGCUUCUGGAGGAGUUGGAGCAAGGCCAGAAAGGCGUCGGCGACGGAACGAUCUCCUGGGGCUUAGAAAACGACGACGACAUGACUCUGACGCACUGGACGGGCAUGAUCAUCGGACCGCCCAGAACACCAUACGAGAAUAGGAUAUACUCAUUAAAAAUUGAAUGCGGCGAAGGAUACCCAGACGACCCGCCAGUGCUUAAAUUCCUUUCUAAAAUUAAUAUCAACUGUAUCAAUCAAAGUACAGGAGUGGUUGAUCAUAGACUAGUUCCAAUGCUGGCCAGAUGGAAUCGAGAAUACACGAUCAAAACCAUGCUACAGGAAAUCCGUAGAAUUAUGACAAUGAAGGAGAAUUUAAAGUUGGCGCAACCGCCAGAGGGCAGCUGUUUUUAGUGCUCCCCAAAAGUGUGAAGGGCUGCAGAAGAGCAGCAUUUUCGUGCAUUCUCACCCUCUUUUCCCUGUUGAGGAGCUAAGAGAGAAAGGGGGAGAAGAAAACCGCGGGAGAUAGCGCGAAAAUGCGGGGCGGAAGACGUAAAAAAUGAUGGAAAGAAGAGAAAAAAAUCACCACGGCUGAAAAAACUAAUUAGAAAUAUCCCCACAAUUUUAAUUUACAUUUUAUCUCUUGUGUUGUUUAAUUGGUUUCUACCGGGCAGGAUCACAGUGAAAAGUGAAAAGCGCAUGACUAUUUGAUGAAAGGAUAAUUUUUGGGUGGAAAUUUGGUUUACUGAAAAUGGCCUUUUUAUUUCUUAACUUCGAUAAACACUCACACACAAAAAACUUCCUUCUGAAAAACUGAGUCAAGCAAAUGAAAAGCGAAGAAACAUGAGAGAAAUUGUAGAGAGAAUAAGAGAGAAAACAAAGUGUUAAGUUAUUAUUUUUUAUAAAUACAACAGCGAGAAAUGUGUAUGUAUAAAAGAUUUAAUUAGAGUGUAAUUCACGGUGAAAAAAGAAACUAGAGACAGGUGAAAAAUUCCUCAUUUUACGUGUGAAAUGAGGAUUUUUUCAGAAUUAUUAUUCAAUCUCUGAAGCUGAAGAGUAAACUAUAAGAGAGACAAUUGAUGGAUUUAAGAGAGAGAACCGAUAAACAAAUCAAUAAACAAUAUUUAAUCGCUCUAUAAUAUUCUCUAAACAAAAAAAAAAGAUUUAUUAUAUAAAAAAAAGUGAAAGCAUGAUGAAAGUGAGGAGGUAGAAAGAAAAACGGAUAUUGGCUCAUAUUUUCCUAUUAGUUUCUUGACCAUCUCUUGAAACUGGGCGUGAAUGCGAGAUGGUUUUUUUUGCGAAUUUUUGCCUUGUUCUUAGGACAAAUUUCCUUUGGAUUUCCAAUUCAUUUGAUAACACUGAAAAAAAGAAAAUAGCGAGAAAUUCAACUGGAAAGACGAAAAAUUUUUAUCAUUUAGUGAAGAUAGGAAUCCAAUGAGAACAUUUAGCUUCAAUUUAAAUGUAAUUUAAUUGAUGGAGAAGAAGAGAUUCGUGAAGUGAAUGGACUUUACACACACUUGAAUGACCCGAAGAAGACCCUCUUGAAGAACAAUAUAAUGAUUUAGGAGAGAAGAUGAAGAGAAAUUCGAGUUAGCGGAGGAAAAAUUGUAAGCUAAGUGAAAAAAAUGAUGAUAAAACACCUUAAAAUGUAAUAAAAUCAGCUUUUAUCUUGAUAUAAUGCAUAUGAAAUAAAUUAAUUUUAAAUUUGA